UCAGCGCAUUCGCCCAAGUACUUCUCGAAGAUGAGGACUGCCGUAGCUCUGCUUCUGUGCGUGGCUCUGCCAGCUACUUUCGCGUUGAUCCAAGACGAAAUUAAUAACAAACUGCUUAAAAUAGAAGAAGACUGUGCUAAGAAGUGUGGAGUUAGUUUAUUUGCGAUUGAAUUGAUCAGAUAUUAUCAAUUUGUUCCUUAUAAAGAAAAACUAAGUGUCUGGGCUUUCUGUAUGAUGGUGAAAUACAAUGUCGUAAGUAUCAAUUGUUACGAGCUAAACACUUUGUCAUUCGUCUGUACAUUAAAUGGGUAUUCUUCACAAAUCAAGAAAGAUGGUACGGUCAAUAUGGACAAAAUGUCCUUAAAAGUUUUCGGUGACCCCGACUCAGUGCGAAGGACAUUCGAAAUAUGCAAAACAAAGACUGGCCAAGAUAAGAUAACACUUGGGAGAACAAUGAUGAACUGCUAUCUUAAAAACUACGAAAUGGUUAUGUCACGGUAUCCACGAAAGUUAAUGAAAUUUUAAUUUUAAAUACGAAUCUUCCCAUACUCAUUCUUAAUUUGUAAUUUUUGCACAAGCCUAAUGCUAAACAGUUUUCGUCUUGUUUUACUCGAAAGAAUCUGCUUGUAAAAUGAAAGAUGAAAUAAAAAUUUCGA